AUGACGUACGGCGGCCGUGGGGCGGGGCUUGCGGCGGCGGCGGCGGCACCAGUACCGACACCAGGCCCAGCGGUACCCGGGCCCAGGCCCAGUGACAGGCGGCGGCGGCGGCGGCACCAGUACCGACACCAGGCCCAGCGGUACCCGGGCCCAGGCCCAGUGACAGGCGGCAGCGGCAGCGGCAGCGGCAGCGGGAUGGAGGAGCGGGCCGCGCUGGAGCGCCAGAUCCGGCUGCUGUCGACUCUUAUAACUAACCACAAGAAUGUCCACGGAGACGUUCCUGCGGUUACAGAAUCUAGUGGUCCGCACUGGCAAGGCUCAUGGGCUAAAAGCAACCCUAAAUUCACCUCGGCUUGCUCACAGAAAGUUCCAGGGCCAGAGCCCAGCAGUUCAUGGCGGACUAAAUACUCUCUAGUGAAUAAGAAGCCCAGUAACUCUGGAGGCGAGGCAUCUAAUGUUUCUCGAGGUCAAAUAAUGCCUUCCAGUGUCUGUGAGCAGAACUCUGCGAGUGAGUCCGUGGCGAGACCAACUGAGUCGGAAAGUUGCAACCUAACAGUAAAGUCAGAGAGGAAAGCGCAAGCCACUGCAAGGGGGCAGUCUUUGUUGGACCUGAAUACAGAGCUUGCAGUGAAGCACAAUAAGCUGAAGGAAAAGCUAAAUAAAGUGAAAAUGGCCAGAAAGAUGAAUGGAAUAGUGGAUGCAAAGUUCCUCCCUGGCAAAGGAUCGACAGUGAAAAGUGCAUUGAAGCGAGACGAAGAAGAACAGGCAUGGAAUACAGAAAGGAAAAUGCCAAGCAAAGCAUGUGGAAACGUUGGGGACAGUGGUCCUUAUAACUGCCACAGUGCGUUGGUGCAAUGUUCUGCUAAAACCCAGGUGGAGACAAGAACCACUAUAAACUCAGAGGCGUCAAGGUAUAAGCUUAAGAAAACCUAUGUGCAGGAAAAGGUUUAUUCCAUUGCUGAUGAGACUGCACAGGGAACAGGUAUCGUCCGGCCCGUCGUUGAGUCAAAUGGAGGUGUCUGCACAGAUGUUGAGGUCCACAGGGCAAAGUUGCCCAGAGCUGCGACAAUGAAUAAAAUCGCAAAGUUGGAUGAGAAGAGUGAUUGUGCAAAAUUAGGAAAAAUUCAGGAUGCUGCAAGUUCUCUGGACCAAGUAGCAUGCAGUACUUCCUCAAUUAAAAAAUCCAAAUAUACCUGGCAGAAAGGACAAGAAUUGGACACGGAUUCUGCGUCGCGUGGAUGUCAGAAUGAGACUCUGAAGACAACCAAAGAAACAGUCUCUAACCAUGCCUCUCCUGCUCAAACGUCGAGUGGUUCUUUAAAAUCAAAAUCCCCAUUGCCGCUGAAAGUACUUAAGAAACAAAGGGCUAGUUCUCCUCUCUGCAACGGAGUGGGCAAGGGCCGGAAAGCAAAGUACGUUUGGGUUUCUAACACUACUCAGUUUAACCAACCCUUGAGUGAGGUGACUCGAAAGUCUGUUUCACCAAAGUUGGCUAAAAGUACUAUAAAACGUGUGAUGGGCAGUAAUGCAACGCUCGAUUUGGACGCGGGAGUUAGAUCGGCGGGGAAACAUAAAAAGGCUGCGAACUGUCAGAAGGUUGGAGGUUUAUCGAGCAAGUACUGUUGGAAAGCUGUGGAGACUAUUUCCCCUUCAAAGUCUCUGUACCAGUGGAAAUCUCAGGACCCUCACAGGGCCAGACCCUCGGGUCAUCAGGUGAAAAGUGUGUCACUGAGAAGGGCUGAGUUUGCCAUUGGUGGCCCGAAGAAGACAUUUAACGAACCUGCAUCUUCACACUACAAACUAAAGAGCACGACCAAGAUUAUCAGGAGAAAUGGAGGACUGAGUUCACCGACGGAGAAGAAGCUUAACAUCAGUGGCUUGCCGAUUAUGAAAAGUCGUUACUUACUGAUAAAGAAAAGCCCUGUGCACGGGAAAUCCCCCACCGUUUUAAAAAGGACACCCGGCAAAGGGCUUGUGCAAAUCAGCAAACACAGGCUGCGGAGGCUGCCGACAUCGGGACCACACAGCGGCACAAAGCAAGGUUUUAAUUCUUUAUUCCCAGUGAGAAGCCCUUCAAGCAACAGGCUAAUCAAUACAAGGUACAAAAUAGUGAAGAAGCAUGCAGGCUGGAAUAAUUCUUUGCCGGCAGCCUCGUAUGGCAAUUUCUGGAAAACUAAGAAGCUCAACAAUUCCUGCGCAAGGUCACCCCAGCUGAACCGAGCAAGACUGAGCAUCAAUUACAGGUUCCUUCAGCAGCGAUGGAAAACCAAAGGCAUGCGCUGCAUCGGGGGAGUGUUGUACCGAGUAUCUGCCAACAAGCUGGCCAGGAGCAGUUCCACACCCGUCAAAGCCGCAGGCACAAGUUCCAGGGGUGCCGUCAGAUCAGCCGUCAGAGCGGAGGCUGACUUUGACAAUGGUGACCUCUGCCUGCCCAGCAGCCUGACCAAGAUGUUCACUCACCGCCACAUCGCCAGCCGUGCGGUGCAGCGCAGCCUGGCUAUCAUCAGAAUGGCCAAGCAGAGAAAGUCCAAGAAGAAGGAAUACUGCAUGUACUACAGCAGGUUCGGCAAGUGCAACCGAGGGGACGAAUGCCCCUAUAUCCACGACCCCGAAAAAGUUGCUGUGUGUACAAGAUUCCUACGUGGAACUUGUAAGAAAACUGAUGGGACGUGUCCUUUCUCGCACAAAGUGUCAAAAGAUAAGAUGCCUGUUUGCUCUUACUACCUCAAAGGAAUCUGCAGCAACAACAACUGCCCUUAUAGCCACGUGUAUGUGUCGAGGAAGGCAGAGGUUUGCAAAGAUUUCCUGAAGGGAUACUGCCCACUGGGAGCUAAGUGCAAGAAGAAGCACACGCUGCUGUGUCCGGAAUUCUCCAAGACUGGCAACUGCUCGCAGGGCUCCAAGUGCAAACUACGACACCGACAGCACAGAAGCCACAAGCAAAAGCCCGCUCCUGAUUCCAGUCGGGCUGGAGCAGCAGACCAGGGCACAGCUUCAAAGAGGAUCACUCCUACAGACAACACACAGAGAGACAAAGAGAAGAUAUCGAGACAAAUGAACUCAGGGGACAUAGCGGUUUCUUCUACCAACUCCAGGGACGCUAGUGGUAGCAGCAGUGGUCAGCAGCGACUUCCUGCAUUCAUUGCUCUUCACUCAUCGGUAUCUUCGGAAGAGAAGGCAGACUCCGAUGUGGAAGAGGAGAGAGAGGGUGAAGCAUCGGGGAAGCCAAUCCAAAUCAAGCCCAGGUUUUGACUGACAUCUUUACUCAACCCCUCAAGAAACCAUGUGGCCAGCGCCUUGAGAUUGGAGAUGAUGUGCUCUACGCUGAAUGGAACAGUGCAGAUGGCAGGCACACUGCGUUUACACACGCAGUUCUUGCACUUGUUUUGCACAGAAAUGUUUAGUAAAGUGUUAUUUUCUUUCUCGACUGGACCCUUUGUAAUGAGGACCCCCGAGAAAAUCCUUCAGGAUUGCCGCUUCCAUGGGAGAGGGAAGUGGCCGCGUGGAGCCAAAGACUGGUGUAACUGGACACUUGGACUGUCCACUGCUCGGACGCGCGGGAAGUUUAUUUUACCGUUUCGCUACCAGUGAAAUAUCAUUUAUGAACCGUGGAAACUGGCUGCAGUUAUAUUCAUUCUACACUUUAGAUUCUUACCAUUUUGCAUGUUAUACUAGUGUUUUAUUGUGAGAGUUUUAUUUUGCUUGUGUUUGUCCGUGGGCCCGUGAGAUCAGAGCUUCACAUCGAACCUGGGCCGUGACUUGGAAAGACUUGGUUUUAGAAUGGAUGUCUCAGUUAAAAAAACUCUUGUAUACAUCCCCUUACUGUGAUUGACUCUACCUGCCAAAAAAAAGGUGCAAUCCUACACCUGCCUCUUGUCUGAACACGGGGAUUAGUUUAGAGCUAUGAACUACUUUCCCCAAAACUGUGUGGACGCAUUGUUUCAUCUAUUUGUUGAGUUUUUAAUUAUAGUAAUGGUGCUAUUUAAUAAAGAGUGCAAUUUUGUUUAAGAGAUCAC